CUCUUUGCGCACCCGGAAUAUUUACCGACGCACCGACCCGCCGGAAGUUGUGACUUCUCGAUGUUCAUGUGGGCUAGUGUUGACAACAAGAAGUGUCUCUAAAAAUCAAGAUAAUUCAUAUUUAUAAGGAACAAAUAGACUUUCAAAUCAAACAUGUCGGACAACGAAGAUAACUUCGAUGACGGAGAUUUCGACGACGCCGAGGAGGAUGAGGGAUUAGAUGAUCUUGAAAACGCUGAAGAUGAGGACCAGGAGAACGUGCAGAUCUUACCUGCAGGAGAGGGCCAACAAGCCAACCAGAAGAGGAUCACCACAUCUUACAUGACCAAAUAUGAGAGAGCCAGAGUUUUAGGAACACGAGCUCUGCAGAUAGCUAUGUGCGCCCCGGUGAUGGUGGAGCUGGAGGGAGAGACCGACCCCCUGCAGAUCGCCAUGAAGGAGCUGAAGAGCAGAAAGAUCCCCAUCAUCAUCCGCCGGUACCUUCCUGACGGGAGCUACGAGGACUGGGGCUGCGACGAGCUCAUCAUAACCGACUAAACUUCUCCCAUCUGCAAAAACUAGAAACGAUGGUUCACACCAACCAUCGCAUCAGGUCAGUCAGCCACACAGAGGACUUCAGGGACUGAUCACCCACCUGCUCACACAGACACCUCACCUGGGGUCUUCACGGGGAGGUGAAACACGAACUGUUAAUAAACCAACAGUUUAAUGAGGUUAAAGAUCCUCUGAGCUGAAGUGUUUAUAUCUCAUUGUGUUGACGUUUCGACUCAAACUAAACUCAAGUCAUCUUCAGCGGCUGUAUUCUGACGUAAAGCCACCAGGGGGCAGUGUGACUAAACUCCAACUCCUACUUUUUAUUUUACAAACAAUACUGUGUUGUAGUUUUUCCUCUUGUUGAUUUAGAGAGAGGUGAAGAGUGUGAGAGAACUUUCUAUUGUUGUUAAUAAAGUCUUUUUAUAUUAA